AUGGCUAGCCUAAGCCGUAAUUCUCCUGUCAACUGUGACAUGGAAUUCGACACCAAAAAUGUCGAAAACAAGACUGUAAUCGUCACAGGUGGAGCAAACGGGCUUGGUGAGGCAUACGUUAGGGCCGUCAUUGCAAAAGGAGCGAUCGUGGUGAUCGCAGAUCGCGAUGUCAAAGCAGGAAAGAAACUCGAAGAAGAAUUGACAGGGGCCAAAUUUAUCGAGUGUGAUACUUCUAGCUGGGUUGACCAAGUCCGUCUCUUCGAAGCCGCUGCCUCGUUUUCUCCGACCGGAAAAAUCUCAUUCGUUGUCGCAAAUGCCGGUAUCCAUCGAAAAGACGAGGUAUUUACCUACGAUGGCGAUGAUAGUGCCCCUGAAAAGCCAGAUCUAGCUACCAUCGAUGUCAAUCUCGUCGGCACUCUCUACACAUCGAAGCUCGCACUGCACUACUUCAUUAAACAGAAUGGACAACAGCCGUCGGAAUCUCAGGAGGAUACUUGUUUGAUCUUGAUAGGGUCUGGAGCAGCUUUUUUGGAUUGUCCUCGUGCCCCUCAGUACUGCGCUACGAAAUGGGCUAUGCGAGGCAUCAUGCAUUCACUCCGGAGAACCGCUUUUUACUACGGGAGUCGUGUGAAUGUGAUUUCACCAUGGUAUGUCAAGACGAAUAUUCUCUCUCAAGAGGCAUUCGCGCACGUCAAAAGCACAGGCAUCAAAUUUGCGGAAGCUUCGGAAGCAGGUGAAUGUCUCCUGCGAAUCCUCAGCGACAGCACGAUCAAUGGUCGCUCGUUCUUUGUUUCUGGGAAGAAAUGGUCCCCUUCGGGAUAUCUGGAUCUGGAUAUUGAUGAUUAUCAAGGGGAUUCUCUGAUCGAGGAUAUCCAGCAAGACCAGAUCAGUCCGUCUCCAGUUACGAUGGGGCUCUUUGUUUAG